UAAGAGGAUGAAACAAAAAUGAAAAAUCACACUGUGAUCACAGAGUUCAUCCUUCUGGGACUUUCAGAUGACCCAAAAUUUCAGGUUGUGAUUUUUCUCUUUCUGUUUAUCGCCUAUGUCUUAAGUAUUACUGGGAAUGUGACCAUCAUCACCCUUACCCUGGUGGAUCGCCACCUGCAGACACCUAUGUAUUUUUUCCUCCGGAAUUUUGCCUUCCUAGAAGUCUCUUUCACCACUGUUUGCAUUCCUCGAUUCCUGAGCACCAUUAUUACUGGAAACAAAACCAUUUCUUUUAACAGCUGUGCAGCUCAGUUAUUCUUUUUCAUUUUUAUGGGGGUAACUGAGUUUUACCUUCUUACAGCCAUGUCUUAUGAUCGCUAUGUUGCUAUCUGCAAGCCCCUGCAUUAUACAACCAUCAUGAACAACAAAGUCUGCACCUUGCUUGUCUUCUGUGCUUGGCUGGGAGGAUUCAUCAUCAUUUUUCCACCACUCAUGCUUAUUGUACAGCUUGAUUACUGUGGAUCCAAUGUCAUUGAUCACUUUUCCUGUGACUAUUUUCCCCUUUUACAACUCUCUUGCUCAGACACGUACAUCUUAGAGGUGAUUGGGUUUUACUGUGCUUUGGUGACUCUGCUAUUUACUUUGGCAUUAGUGAUUCUGUCCUAUAUGUAUAUCAUUCGGACAAUUUUGAGGAUCCCUUCUACUAGCCAGAGGAAAAAAGCCUUUUCCACUUGUUCCUCUCACAUGAUUGUCAUUUCUAUCUCCUAUGGCAGCUGCAUCUUUAUGUAUGUGAACCCCUCAGCAAAAGAAAAAGCAUCAUUGACCAAAGGAGUAGCUAUUCUCAAUACUUCAGUUGCUCCCAUGUUGAACCCUUUCAUUUACACCCUAAGGAACCAGCAAGUAAAACAAGCUUUCAAGGAUGUUGUUCAAAAGGUAGUGCUGUUCUCAAGAAGGUAA